AUGUCCAGCCUCGAUCCGACACCCUCUCGCGUCGCUCCACGGGGCAGAGAUCCAGCACGAGGCGUCUACUACAAGCUCGCCUUCUUCAGCGUCGCCCUCUUCGCUGCGCCCAUCUCGGCGUUCUACUUUGCGAAAGAUCGAUAUCUUGGCGGCAAUGCGACAUAUGCAGGUGGGCUAGCGGCGCUCGUAGUGAACCUGGUGCUGGCAGCAUACGUGGUCGUGGCCUUUCUGGAGGACGAUUCGGACAUCGUGCCAACGAGGAGCGUGGAUUCCAAGGAGAAAGGUGGGAAGAAGGAUCUGUGA